AUGUGGACCCAACGCCUGAAGCCUUGGCUCUCUGGAACAGGGCAUAAAUGGAAAGCAUGCAGCUGGAUGUUUGCAGCAGUUGGUGUCAUAUUGUUGAAGGUGCAGCAGGCUUGUGGGCAGGCAGAUGUUGACGCCCCUGAGAGUGUACGGAUUCUCAGCCUCUUGGAGGAGGGGCAACUCCUUAAUACGGUGUUUCUUGUCAUGUCGUUCAUUGUGAUAAUGUUCAAGCACAUGGGGAACGGCUGGUAUGUGUACACGAAAAUCACAACAAUGACAAGCCACCCACACAAACGGGAGUUCUUAAUCCUUGGAACAGACCCAGGGCUGAGCUGGACCACACUUGCAGAUGAUGAAAAGCUCAUGUACAUCACUGGCGUGUUGCUUUCCAUCAUGGUCCUGUCAGAAGACACUGACCAGACCGAGCGACUGCUUGCAUUCUCCAGCAUCCUCAUGAUCCCUGUGUACAGGGGUUUGUCCCUUAGGGCCUUCCUAAACUUGAACAGGAAGCUCAGGCUGCAGAGGGUAAGGGGAAACGGCUAUGUGGUGGCUGCAUCGCCAGCCGCGAACCGAUGGUGUUGGACCCGCUCGGCUGCUGUGGCAUUUUCAGAUGAGGCUGUGUUGGCAACGGGCCUGUGCUGCGCAACAGUAGUCAUGAGGGAUGGAGACAAGCUCAAGUGUGAGACAUCAGAACUGACCAGCCUGGGGCCAAAAGGCUUCAGAGACGAUGCCUACAUCUGGCAGGCAGUUGCAAUCUUUGUUUCCUGGAUGGUCGAAAUUUUUGCUGCUGUUCUUGAGAGGAGAUAUAACAGGAGGGUGGGGGAAAGGUACAGCAAAAGACUGGCUGAUACUGACAACCUGUUCUAUCAGGGCAGGGAUUUGCGUUUGCUGUGGAUGGCGGUAGCUUGGGGGAAGGGCUACAUCCGGUAUGUGCUUUUCUUUUCAGCCAUUCUUUUCAGCUCGGAUACGAAUGGCACACCAGAAGAGUGCUUUGCAAUUGGCAUGAUAGGCAAUGUGCUGAUCAACUACGGGCUGCAUUUGUUUUUUGUUGUUGUGGGCAUCGCCAUUCCUGCAUAUGAGUACUACAGGCCGGGUUUUGUGGAGAGGGAGAAAGCAAAGGCUCUAGAGUGCCUUGAAAAUCUUGGAGCAGCACUCGAGUAA